AUGGAGAUCUGGUCAAUAUGUGCAUGGAGGUCCGGUCAAUGUGUCCACGGAGGUCUGGUCAACGUGUCCAUGGAGGUCUGGUCAACAUGUUCAUGGAAGUCUGGUCAAUGUGUCCAUGGAGGUCUGGUCAAUGUGUUCAUGGAGAUCUGGUCAAUAUGUCCAUGGAGGUCUGGUCAAUGUGUUCAUGGAGAUUUGGUCAACGUGUUCAUGGAGAUCUCGUCAAUGCAUCCACAGAGAUCUGGUCAACGUGUCCACGGAGGUCUGGUCAAUAUGUCCAUGGAGGUCUGGUCAAUAUGUCCACGGAGGUCUGAUCGAUGUGUUCAUGAAGGUGUGGUCAACGUGUUCAUGGAGAUCUCGUCAAUGCAUCCGCGGAGAUCUGGUCAACUUGUUCAUGAAGGUCUGGUCAACGUGUCCACUGGGAUCUAUCAACAUGUUUCUGAAGGAAUGGCUCGUGACGGACACGGGGUCUUUGGCUUCAUCCCCAUCUUCAUCCUCGCAACCGGACUGUUGCUGACCGUCCCGCCGCCGCCGGCGCGAGCUCAGGAGACGGGCAACGAAGGCGAUGAGCUGCCGGAGGAGGACGAAUCCCGUAUCAUCGGGGGGAAACCCUGCUCCAUCAACCAGCGACCUUUCCAAGUUGCUCUCAUCAAAAGGGGUCAAAUCCUGUGCGGGGGAAGCUUGAUAGAUGCCCAAUGGGUCCUGACGGCCGCCCACUGCAGGCAGCCAAUCAGAGACCUCAGGGUAUUAAUCGGGACGGACACGUUACGGGACGGGACGGGGGAAGUGAGGUCGAUUUCAAAACUCCAGGUCCAUCCGGCCUAUAACCCCCGCAAGAACGACAACGACUUCAUGCUCCUGAGGUUGAACAAACCCGUUCAGUUCAGCACCAACAUCAAGAAGAUCCGAUUAGCCACCAAGUGUCCCAUGGACGGGAUGAGGUGCAGCGUCUCUGGCUGGGGCACAACCAAGUCCCCCGGAGCAAAGCUGCCCAAAAAUUUGCAGUGCGCCGCCAUCCGAGCCUUUGGGAAGGACAAGUGCGCGAGGGCGUACGGCAACGCCAUCACCCCCAACAUGUUCUGCGCCGGCGUCCCCCAGGGGGGCAUCGAUUCCUGCCAGGGUGACUCCGGGGGCCCACUGGUGUGCAACGGGGUGCUGCAAGGCGUGGUCUCGUGGGGCAUGGCCGUCUGCGGGCGUCGGGGCCAACCCGGCGUCUACUCCAACGUCUGCCGAGCCACGCCCUGGAUCAGGAAAUGCAUCGGGAUGCAGUGA